GUACAAGUACAUGUAUACGUUAACUCCAAAUGAUUACGUCCAUUAUUUUGCACUAAAUUUGAAAUGUUGGCACAUUAUCAGAAAUCAGAAAAAAAUGUGUUGCCAAGUUUCCACAUACAAGAAAAUUGGUGUUACUUUAGUGCAUAACAAAAAACACAGUGAGCUGCAUGUGGCGGGAUCCGAGCAGCGGGAAGGUGACGUGGAGGGCAUGACGUCACUCUGGAUCCAAGAGGGCACUUUGGCGUCGUUUCUUCCCAUUGAGUCCGACAAAAAAAACAUGUCUAUUUUAAGAAUGAACAGCCAUUGUGUGUAGAAUUUUGACCCACGGAAUAAAUCCCAGUGGGUUUCCCUUUCCCGCUUUGAAAUAUGUUUUUCUAUAGUGCCACAAAACGCUCCGUCAAAGUUCGUCAAACAAAUAAUCGAGGGACAUAUUUAAAUGUGGCGGCGAAAAAAAAAGAAGCGAAUCCUCUACGCGGACAUAGACGAUCUUCGCGGAGUACCCGCUCCGGUGCUGUAGGUGGCGGCAAAACGACGCGCCGCUUCCUGUGAAGCCCAAUAGUCACAACAAGAGGAGGAAGAGGAAAAACGACAGCUCUGGAUCGUCGUCGACUGCCUUGCGUGACAACACAAGGAUCGCGUUCAGGGCUUCGGGUUGCUCCAAUUUGACCUGCAACAUGUCUGAUUUAUUGAGAUAUAUUGAUUAUGACCACAAAGCCACAUUUCUGAAGAUGCUCAACCAGCAGAGGAUGGAAGGUGAGCACUGUGAUGUGGUGGUGGUGGUGGAAAACAUAGAGUUCAGGGCUCACCGCUGUGUCUUGGCCGCCUGCAGCAACUACUUCAAAAAGCUCUUCAAGAAGCAGAGCGACGAGGACAACUCCAUCGUGGAGUUGGACUUCAUCCGCUCCGAUAUCUUUGAGGAGGUGCUCAAUUACAUGUACACAGCCCGGCUCGCUGUGAGGAAGAAGGACAUCAAUAUGAUGAUGUCAUCCGGACAGAUCCUGGGAAUCAACUUCCUGGAUAACCUGUGCACCCAGAAACGUGAGCUGACCAACAUGAAGACCCGGGAGAACCAGGCGCCCGGGGACCACGGCAUGCGAGCUCAGGACGCCAUCCUGAAGGAGCUGGCCAUGGAGGAAGUGAGGAAGAACAGCUUCUACGACCAGGGGAUGGAGGGCAUGGGGCCCGGGGGCUCUCACGUGUCUCAGCCGCACAACUACAACACCAACAUGAGCAAAGAUCCCCACAGCCACGGCUGGGGCUCCUCUUCGUCCAGCGACAUGAAGCUGGAGUACCUGCUGUACGGCCACCGCGACCACGGCUCCUGCCAGAGCACGGGGUCAAAGCCCAUGGAUCACAACGCCAAAAAGGAGCGGCUGCUCACCGCCAACCGCCCCUACGCCUGCGAGCACUGCCCCAAAGCCUUCACCACCGCCGCCCACCUCAAGGAGCACCUAAAGAUCCACUCGGGCUUCAAGCCCCACCGCUGCGUGGUGUGCGGCAAGGCCUUCAUCCGGGGCCCCGACCUGAAGAGGCACGAGAGGGUCCACAGCAACGAGAGGCCCUUCGCGUGCCAACUGUGCGAAAAGGCCUUCAAGCACAAGUCUCACCUGAAGGACCACGAACGGCAGCACCGGGGCGAGCGGCCGUUCAACUGCGGCUCCUGCGAAAAGGCCUUCAUCAAAGCGUCGGAUCUGAAGCGCCACUGGAACACCAUGCACAGCGGCAACCCCCGCCGACAGAUGUCCCUGUCUCCCGCCGCCUCCCAGCACGGCCAGGCAGAGGCCGCCGACCAGAGAGACUGGAAAAUGGAGACCGGGCCACAUUCGCACAACUCGGGGGACUGUUGAGCCGGCAGACGCCCCGAAACACUCGUACUGACACAUCGACGUGCCGACAUCCACGUGUCCGCACCGAGAACCACAACCCCGUGACGGGCCGACGGCCCGGCGUCACACGGACAAUGAUCAGCGUGAGUAACGAGAGACCAGAGCAUGUUCACGAGACUGUGGGGCUGUAUUAUUAUUGUUAUUAUUAUUCAAAAGAGUUAUGUCAAAACGAUGUUUUCUUUCCACCUGUAAAAUCAUGUAAAUGUUUCGCUCACUCUACUAUACGUAUAUUUUUCACAAAGCAUUGUUGCUAUGUAGACUACGGGGGGGGGGGGGGGGGGGGGCGGUGUUCUCAUAACAUUAAUUCUCUUUUGCGUUUUAUGGGAUGUGUAACAUUUAAAUGUUUGUUUAACCUUUACUGGAUUUUAUGGAGAUAAAAAGAGAGAAACCGAGUGAUGGGGGGGGAGGAAAGAGAUUUUUUUUUUUUCUGCAUAACAUUUGUUGCAUUGAGUAUAUUCAUGUGGAUGUUUUUAAUGGAUGUGUUUAGUUGUAUUGAUUGAUAUUACACUGUAAGAGUAAGAGUCACCAUUUUGCAUUUGAUGCAGAUGAUACCAAAGUCUUGGGCAUUUGACGGAUCGUCUCUGAAGGCUGUCCCGCUCAAGCAACCGGCCAACUAGAUUUACUGUUAUACAGUAUAACUGUCAUCCAGCUAUCAACGGUUAAUGAUAGGUGUCUGUAUAUACUGUAGCUUCGUCUGUUGCACAAUUAGAGUACACAAUAACAACAUAUGCACAUAUAACAUUGUCCUACUCCUCCACUUUGACAAUAAACACCAUUUGCUGUG